CUCAUCAGUCGGAUCUUUUUGGGAAGGAAGAUGACUAGGGUCAAGUUGUUACAGCGUACUGAAAAUCUCGCCGCCUGCGGAUUCAUCAUCGUCGCCGCCGACGAGGGGAAUAGCGCCAGGGUGAUUUGAGUAGGUGCUCGCCGGAUCAGAGGUAACUUGACCCCUCGCCUCUCUUCUCUUCUCCGACUCUGGCAGCGCAGCCCUCCGCCGGAGCCCUAGGAGGUUGUUUUUCGGCAUUAUAGAUUCAGAGCAAUCAAAUCCACCCUUCCGUUCCUUUCCGAGACAAUCUGAUCCAAUGCGCACUGUUCUGCGACCGGAUUUGUUUUUGAAUUAUCGUCCUGGUAGAUUGGCAGCUGGAUUUCCCAAAAUCAGUACCUUUGCGGGGGAAGAGGGGGAGGCUUGUUCCAUCGAAUCGAAGCCAACAUCUGCAGAGUCGGCGAUUUCUCCUGGAGGGGGAUGGGGAAGAAGAUGAUGAUGAAGAAGAAGACUCUGCAGCUUCACCAUCUUCUGCCUGAUGGGAUCGUCGGCUACGUGCAGUCGCAAUUGGACUUCAAGGAUGGGCAUACCGUCGAGGAGGUGGAGACGGCUCUGGACAUCAUCCGACAGGAACCUGGUCUUCACCAGGGACACGUUGUUCUGCCCACAAACCAAGCGCAAAGAAGAUUUUGUCAGAAACAUCGACAGUGCGCUGUGCCAUCUUAGUCACAACCUCACAACAUUCCCAGGGACAAGUUCGUGCUCAAGUUUAGACUCAAUCAAAUCAAACGUGCAGUGCCAUGUCGACAGAUUGGUCGCCUUCUGUGCAGCAAUGUGGCAUCAGGAGCGAACCACGCUGUCCUCGAUCUCAAUACGGGUCGGAUCGUGGGGCCGGGGACGUGCCAAUUGGUGCACCAUUUCAGCAGUAGCUCUCCUGCUGUCAGGUCUCUGCUUUUCAUGUCUGUGUGCCUGGACCUGUGCCUUCGCCUGAUUUCUGCUGCUUCGUAAGCCUUAGGAAGCUCAAACUCGACGCCGCGUGAAGAAAUAUCCAGUGCCUACUGCUGGACUACACUUUUGCCGAUCUUCCUGGUGGUACGGAAGACCUCCAUAUCCAACUUGCUGUUGACACCAAGGAACGAAGAGUUAAGCCUGGGGUCUUUGCUGCAGAUCCGUCUGAUCCAUGGGGUAGAUUGAACAAGCCAAUUCAACUCUAAAUGAACCUGGGGAUCGUUUCGAUACAUCAUGGAGCCAAGGCUCAUCCUGCUCAAGGCAAAUACCAUCAAUGCUGCAGCAGAAGAGAUAGUUGGUAUUCUGGAGGGCACGACCAAACACGAAAGAAAUAUCUUCUUCCGUGGCUGGCAGGGACUCGGGGCAUCCACUGUUCUCAGAGUGGUUGCCCAACGCCUGAAAUCAUCAGCUGCUCAAGAAAUGAAGUUUCAAAAGGUUGUACAUGUGGAUUGCUCAUUGUGGCAAAGCAUGAGAGCCCUGCAAAGGGCAAUUGCUGAGGAGCUAGAGCUUCCCCAGUCGGUGAUGUCCAUGUUUGAUCAGCAUGAUGAGGAGGAUGAUUUCAAUGGGAUAGACCAAGGCUCUAGAGGGGUAAUAAGUGAUGUCACAGGGGAGAUCUUCAGAAAGCUUUAUAACAGUACAUUUGUGGUGAUUUUUCACAACGGGAACAACCACUACAUUGAUUUGUAUGAGUGUGGUCUCCCCAUAACUACAUUUUUGAGUAACAAGGUGUUGUGGACCUGGGGCAGGAGGCUCCGACUCUAUAACGAAGAAGAAGAAGAUGAAUUCGAGAAAACUGCGAGUAAGGCUGAUAUUGACAUGGGAGGUCAAGAAUUGCGGAGAAAUGUAUUGCAUGAAGAGGCCGCCAAGUACAUUGAUAUUCUUGAGCCUGGCACAGUAGUUGAGUGCUUCCAGUACGUCUGGGCAAGAAAACGUGCCGGCUGUAUUGACUGGCGAAUGCAUGCUUCAAACUAUUGGAUAUGUGAUGGGAUUAUACUAGAGGAAGGCAAUCCGUCUGCAUGGGAGGUUGGUGAUGCUCUAGAGAGAUACAUCUACUUGGAUUGGAUUAUGGAGGAAGAUAAUCCCAGUGAAGAUGAAGAUGAAGAUGAAGAUGCGAUUGAUGCUUACAUUUCUGGCCCUAAUGACCGUUGGGUUUCAGCCACACACCAACCCCUGAUACAUGAUGAUAUUGGUGUGCUGCCUCUUCGAGCGACAUCCUUCCUCCUCCUAGCAGAUAAAUCAAAUGGUAGGAGGGUGAAGCCUCUAUUAUCAGUUGUCAUGUUCCCAGACAACAAUAGGCUGCGUGUGUUGCACCUAUCUUGGUGCACCUUCAAUUUUACAUCUCCUCCCUUCCUCUGCUGCAGCCACCUAAGAUUCCUCCUGCUGGACCAUUGCACAGAUAUCAAAGAUGAAGAGCAUAAAAGCAAAAACCAAAAUGGAUCAUGCUUCCAAAAGCUAUGGGUGCUGGACCUGAGGUAUACAGACUGGUACUCAGAAAAGAUGAUGUGUUUAAUGGAUGAACUCAGGGAGCUGAAUGUGGAGGGAGUCAGGGACUGGAGGGUAGUUGAUCUUUGUGGCAGUAAAACUAGGCUUGUCAAGCUCCGAGUAGAAGCUGACCCAGACACUGCAACUGAAAUAACCAUGCACAAGCCAGUCCCUAACAUGUCCAACGCCAACCACCUUAAGACAAUUAUCCUUGAGAGUUGCGUUGGAUUGGAACAAGUUGUUCCCGAUGUUCUUCCCCCGUUACUUGAGUCAUUUAGCUUUACUGUAGAUGAUGACGCUAUUGCUAAGAUAUCCAGCAUCUCCUUCCAGGGCCUCGCUAAAUUGAAGAGUGUGCUGCUGAGAGGCUUGAUGGAGAGCCUCGAGGAGCUGGACCUCUCAGGCACAGCAGUGAAGACCCUCGACCUUAGAGAAGUGGUAGCAAGAAACCUCAAGCAGCUCAUCAUGUUGGGCUGCCAGAAGUUGCAAGCAAUACAAUGGCCGCGAAUAGGAGAAAGGCCAUGGUGGUUGGAGGUGUUGCGCGUCGACACUGUACAAUCCGGAUCAUCUGGCCAAGGCAAUUGUGAAGAAAAAUCCAAGGAGACUAUUGCUGCUACAGGAUCAUCACAGAAUAUUGCAGUUGUUGCUAUGAAACAAGAUGCAUCUUUUGAUAAAUACAUCUAUGUAAGGGACGGAAGGCUCCUGAGGUCACUAGUGCCUGUCAGAGCAUCUUUUGAGCUUAGGGGUGGACAUAUGGAGAUGUCAUCAUCACCUGCAAGUAGUGUUGCUGUUGGUGAUCGUGGAUAUGCCCAACGAAUUAGACAUCCUGAUCAUUAUUUAUAUGCAAGAGAUAUCGUAUUUCAAUACCACCUUCACGUUGUUGCUGCUAAUGAAGGUGCAAUCAGGUGGAUGUGGGCUUGUCCACCUGCUCCUGUUGUUGAUACAGUCAAGGAUUGGUAUGUCCACAUACAAGUUGAAGAGGGUAUGAAGAAGAGUGGCUUACUGAAGCAGGAAGGUGGCACCCAAGGAACUAUUACUGGUGCUACUUCAAUCCCAGAUGAUAUAUGCAGAUUACAUGCUAAGAUGUUGCAUGUGCAUGAUUGCUUGUCCAUCACUAGCAUCCCAGUCCCAAGAGAUUUUGUUUGGACACGACUUGAACAGUGUCGAGUUGAGAGGUGCCCCAAUAUAAGCUCUGUCUUUGCUGCUCUCAAAGGAAGUUAUACUAAUUAUGUUAUGUUUUGCUUUUAUCACUUGACCACAUUCUGGGCAUCCCAGCUCCUGAUGGCGCGCUACAUAUGGAACUGGAAUACAAUAUGGCAACCCAGUGAGCAUUCCUUUCGAGACCUAGAAUUUUUGCACCUAGACUACUGCCCAAGGCUCAUACAUGUGCUCCCCUUAUCUGUGGAUAUGACUACCUUGCCUCACCUAGUGACCCUCGAGAUUGUGUGCUGUGGCGAUAUCAUGGAGAUCUUCCCUCUGGAUCCCGAGCGCCAAGAGAAGCAAACAAUUAUAAAUUUCCCCGAGCUCAAGCACAUCCACCUGCACGAUCUCCCCAGGCUGCAGCACAUCUGUGGAAGUAGGAUGUUAGCACCAAAACUUGAAACUAUCAAGAUAAGGGGCUGUUGGAGCCUCAAGCGCCUGCCCGCCGUUGCCAAGCAAUGCCCAGAGGUGGACUGCGAGAAGGAAUGGUGGGACAUCUUGGAGUGGGAUGAGGGGGAUGCAAACCACCACCCUUCGUUCUACAAGCCGAGCCACUCGAGGUACUACAAGAAGGCCCAACUGCCGAGAGGCACCGUACUCAGGUAAUCCAUCCAUUCCAUGCGGUGAUCUUCAGCUUGCUUCAACGCUACAUGCAUGUUGGCUUACAAAGUUGAAGAUUUCUCUGCAAUAUAUGGUUUGUGUGUAUGUUGCCUACCCAAAUUCAUGUUACUUGAUUGGUUUGUGAGUGCUCUGUAUCUGCUUUGCCAUGGCGUGGCUCUGCUCCUACAGCAAUCCACAUUGUUGACGUGAUGAUGCGUCUUCCAAUUUGGUUUUGUUUGGUUUGGUUUGGUUCGGUCAUCUUUGCUGGACUGACCCAUGUAUCCAUCAGAGCAAGUACCUAUCAUCUGGUUGGAGAGAUGAUGGUAUAGGCUCUGAGCAAGAGAGAAAUAAAUGGGAGUGGCAUCCAGCUUACGGGGCAUGGGCCCUGACAUGCUCAUGCUGCUACUAUGCUCUCUGUGUCUGGUGUGUGAUUUGUCGGCUAUCGACUGAUUGUUGUAAUAAUUUUUGUACUCUGACUUGCGUAUACAUAAUGGUGAUGAAGGUUGUA